AUGACUCCUCCCUUCUGGUACAGGUUGAAUAUCACAUAAAAGGGUGCCUUGGCAUGUGCUCAGUCCUGAAAUUCUACUUUGAUCUACUGCUCUCAUCUUUGAAACUGCUCUAAACACUCCCCCAAAUUAUUGAUCCUGUGGGCCUGAUUAUGAACUUGGCUCUUCUGACAAUACUUCUCAAAUCCUGUACCUUUGGUAACAUCUCUCCUGACUGGCAGAGUACCCAGACACUUAAUUAAUGCUGAUGAAAAUUAAGAUUUAAGCAAAGAAGAAAUUAGUGUAAGAAUGCAAGCCUUAGGAUCUGAAACUUGAUGACUGUGGGAUCUAACUUCUGCUUCUUUUGCUACAAGCUCUGUUUUUGAAUAAUCAACUUUCAAAGACAAAUUGCUUGAUGAAUCUCUGUAUUGUCAGAAUGUUUCUUUGAUUUCCCAUCAAAACCAUGUAUGUGUAACUAGUAAUUAGGUACCUAUGACCUGAAUACAAAUUAUCAUUAUUUCAGUAGCCCUUUGUUUUUGAGAAAGGGUUUCACUAUACUGCCCAGGCUAAACUUGAACUCCUUGGUUCAAGUGAUCCUCCCGCCUCAGCCUCCUGAAUAGCUGGGAGUAGCUGGGACUACAGGGAUGUGUUAUCAUGCCCAGUGAAAGCCCUUUAUUUUUAAAAGUUCAUUUUCCUGAUCUUUACAUGUAUUUUAAUACUAAAAUUAAAUUUAAAAAUUUUAAAAAGUACCUACUAACCAAAUAAUGACACUCAAUAACAAUAGCAUUAUUUGUAUUAUGUUCUGGUAAUAUAGUGGUGAACAAGGAAGACAGGGUCUCUGAUAACUGUGGAAUUCUCCUUGAUCACUUCUCAAGCUUCUCUUCCGGAUACUCACUAUUUCUUGGAUCUACAGCUGUCUUCCUUCCCCACUUCUGUAGUUCAGUCUCUCAUUAUUCUCUACCUCCAAUAAAAAGGGGCCUCCUAACUGGUUUCUUAUGCAACUACUCAACAUGGUAUUUCUAAAAUGCAGAUCUUUCGGGAUGAUUUUCAAUUGCUCAGAGAAUAAAUCCCUCGACUUUCUACGUAAGGCCCUGCAGGACCAGGCCCCUGUCAUUAUCUCUGAGCACUCUCCAUCUUGCACCCAAAGCCCCAGCAAUAUCUUACUGCUUUCAGUAAAUACACACCGGGCUAUGUGGGGUUUUGUCUGGGGAAAGGGGAUGUGAGUUGUAACUAAGAGAUUUAUAGUCAAUCUUGAAGGGAAGAGCUCAUAUUGGAGGCAAUGGAAUGCCUCAAGCUGGUUCUGAAAGUACACAUUUUUUCCAGUCAUAAGUAGAUCACAUUUGUGUAAUCUUGUGAUCCUCUCUCUAGCAGAGCCGUGCAGACUACCUACUUCCGGCCCUUUCUUGCCCCACGAAAUUUCACAUCACAACGACUUGUGGUUUUAAUCCUCCGUUUUUCUGCUUCUGAAGUUACUUCAGCCUGGCAAGUCCUUUACCUCCCCGUAGGCCUGGCGAGCUGCAUCACAACAUUCAAGAUUCACCCUAGAGCCAUCUGGGAAACUUUCUUCUCCAGGUCGCCCUGCGUCCUCGCCUCCCCACCCCGUUCUUCUCGAGUCGGGUGAGCUGUCUAGUUCCAUCACGGCCGGCACGGCCGCAGGGGUGGCCGGUUAUUUACUGCUCUACUGGGCCCGUGAGCCGUCUGGCGAGCCGAGCAGUUGCCGACGCCCGGCACAAUCCGCUGCACGCAGCAGGAGCCUCAGGUCCAGGCCGGAAGUGAAAGGGCAGGGUGUGGGUCCUCCUGGGGUCGCAGGCGCAGAGCCGCCUCUGGUCACGUGAUUCGCCUAUAAGUCACGGGGGCGCCGCUCACCUGACCAGGGUCUCACGUGGCCAGCCCCCUCCGAGAGGGGAGACCAGCGGGCCAUGACAAGCUCCAGGCUUUGGUUUUCGCUGCUGCUGGCGGCAGCGUUCGCAGGACGGGCUACGGCCCUCUGGCCCUGGCCUCAGAACAUCCAAACCUCCGACCAGCGCUACGUCCUUUACCCGAACAACUUUCAAUUCCAGUACGAUGUCAGCUCGGCCGCGCAGCCCGGCUGCUCAGUCCUGGACGAGGCCUUCCAGCGCUAUCGUGACCUGCUUUUCGGUUCCGGGUCUUGGCCCCGUCCUUACCUCACAGGGAAACGGCAUACACUGGAGAAGAAUGUGUUGGUUGUCUCUGUAGUCACACCUGGAUGUAACCAGCUUCCUACUUUGGAGUCAGUGGAGAAUUAUACCCUGACCAUAAAUGAUGACCAGUGUUUACUCCUCUCUGAGACUGUCUGGGGAGCUCUCCGAGGUCUGGAGACUUUUAGCCAGCUUGUUUGGAAAUCUGCUGAGGGCACAUUCUUUAUCAACAAGACUGAGAUUGAGGACUUUCCCCGCUUUCCUCACCGGGGCUUGCUGUUGGAUACAUCUCGCCAUUACCUGCCACUCUCUAGCAUCCUGGACACUCUGGAUGUCAUGGCGUACAAUAAAUUGAACGUGUUCCACUGGCAUCUGGUAGAUGAUCCUUCCUUCCCAUAUGAGAGCUUCACUUUUCCAGAGCUCAUGAGAAAGGGGUCCUACAACCCUGUCACCCACAUCUACACAGCACAGGAUGUGAAGGAGGUCAUUGAAUACGCACGGCUCCGGGGUAUCCGUGUGCUUGCAGAGUUUGACACUCCUGGCCACACUUUGUCCUGGGGACCAGGUAUCCCUGGAUUACUGACUCCUUGCUACUCUGGGUCUGAGCCCUCUGGCACCUUUGGACCAGUGAAUCCCAGUCUCAACAAUACCUAUGAGUUCAUGAGCACAUUCUUCUUAGAAGUCAGCUCUGUCUUCCCAGAUUUUUAUCUUCAUCUUGGAGGAGAUGAGGUUGAUUUCACCUGCUGGAAGUCCAACCCAGAGAUCCAGGACUUUAUGAGGAAGAAAGGCUUCGGUGAGGACUUCAAGCAGCUGGAGUCCUUCUACAUCCAGACGCUGCUGGACAUCGUCUCUUCUUAUGGCAAGGGCUAUGUGGUGUGGCAGGAGGUGUUUGAUAAUAAAGUAAAGAUUCGGCCAGACACAAUCAUACAGGUGUGGCGAGAGGAUAUUCCAGUGAACUAUAUGAAGGAGCUGGAACUGGUCACCAAGGCCGGCUUCCGGGCCCUUCUCUCUGCCCCCUGGUACCUGAACCGUAUAUCCUAUGGCCCUGACUGGAAGGAUUUCUACGUAGUGGAACCCCUGGCAUUUGAAGGUACCCCUGAGCAGAAGGCUCUGGUGAUUGGUGGAGAGGCUUGUAUGUGGGGAGAAUAUGUGGACAACACAAACCUGGUCCCCAGGCUCUGGCCCAGAGCAGGGGCUGUUGCCGAAAGGCUGUGGAGCAACAAGUUGACAUCUGACCUGACAUUUGCCUAUGAACGUUUGUCACACUUCCGCUGUGAGUUGCUGAGGCUGCAAGGGAGACGAACGUGUCUGAGGCUCAGGGACUCGGCGGCCAGCUGCCUGACGUCAUCAAGCACGGGGGCUGGGGCUCGCGGCUCGGCUCUGGGAGAGCUCGGGCGGGAGCCCAGAGAGAGCCGCACGGGGACCUCAAGCCAGACCCCAGCGUUCCGCCGCCACCUCGGCCAGGGCCCGCCCCGCCCCGGCCCCGCCCCUUUCCUGCCCGCCCCACCCCCUCUACGCCCCUCCACCCGGACCCCGCCCCCUGGGCAGCCCCCCGCCCUCUCCGCCCGGGCUCCGCCCCCUCCCCCUGGCCCUCGCCACCGGUCCAGGGAGGGGACGGCGGGACAGGCGGGACCAGUGGGACCGGCGGGAGGGCUGACAGGGCGGGGACAUGGCCGCGGCGCCGGGAGGGUCAGCGCAGCCAGCUGGCCCCGGCCCGCGCCUGGGUUUCAGCACCGCGGACAGCGGCGUCGGCAUGAGCGGGCUAAACCCCGGUCCCGCUGUACCCAUGAAGGACCACGACGCCAUCAAGCUCUUCGUGGGGCAGAUCCCGCGGGGCUUGGACGAGCAGGACCUCAAGCCGCUGUUCGAGGAGUUCGGCCGCAUCUACGAGCUGACGGUGCUGAAGGACCGGCUCACCGGCCUCCACAAAGGCUGUGCCUUCCUCACCUACUGCGCCCGGGACUCUGCUCUCAAGGCCCAGAGUGCACUGCACGAGCAGAAGACCCUGCCAGGGAGGACCGAAAGCUGUUUGUGGGGAUGCUGGGCAAGCAGCAGGGUGAGGAGGACGUCAGACGCCUGUUCCAGCCCUUUGGCCACAUCGAGGAGUGCACGGUCCUGCGGAGUCCUGACGGCACCAGUAAAGGCUGUGCCUUUGUGAAGUUCGGGAGUCAAGGGGAAGCUCAGGCGGCCAUCCAGGGUCUGCACGGCAGCCGGACCAUGGCGGGCGCCUCGUCCAGCCUCGUGGUCAAGCUGGCGGACACCGACCGGGAGCGCGCGCUGCGGCGGAUGCAGCAGAUGGCCGGCCACCUGGGCGCCUUCCACCCCGCGCCACUGCCGCUAGGGGCCUGCGGCGCCUACACCACGGCGAUCCUGCAGCACCAGGCGGCCCUGCUGGCGGCGGCACAGGGCCCAGGCCUAGGCCCGGUGGCAGCAGUGGCGGCCCAGAUGCAACACGUGGCGGCCUUUAGCCUAGUGGCUGCGCCUCUGUUGCCCGCGGCAGCAGCCAACUCCCCGCCUGGCAGCGGCCCUGGCACCCUCCCAGGUCUUCCGGCGCCCAUCGGGGUCAAUGGAUUCGGCCCUCUGACCCCCCAGACCAAUGGCCAGCCGGGCUCCGACACGCUCUACAAUAACGGGCUCUCCCCUUACCCAGCCCAGAGCCCCGGCGUGGCUGACCCCCUGCAGCAGGCCUACGCUGGGAUGCACCACUACGCAGCAGCCUAUCCGUCGGCCUAUGCCCCAGUGAGCACAGCUUUUCCCCAGCAGCCUUCAGCCCUGCCCCAGCAGCAGAGAGAAGGCCCCGAAGGCUGUAACCUCUUCAUCUAUCACCUGCCUCAGGAGUUUGGUGAUGCGGAACUCAUACAGACAUUCCUGCCCUUUGGAGCCGUUGUCUCUGCUAAAGUCUUUGUGGAUCGAGCCACCAACCAGAGCAAGUGUUUUGGGUUUGUUAGUUUUGACAAUCCAACUAGUGCCCAGACUGCUAUUCAGGCGAUGAAUGGCUUUCAAAUUGGCAUGAAGAGGCUCAAGGUCCAGCUAAAGCGGCCCAAGGAUGCCAACCGGCCUUACUGACCUGCUUUCACUGACCAGCCACAGAAAGAAACAGAAGAGUGAGAAGAAAGGAGAGGAAAAGCACAGAAACGCUUGAGCAGCCCUUCCCGAAGGAGCAGCUGUGGACGGAGGUGGAUCGGACCCAAGGCUGGUGCCUGGGGCUAAGGCCACUCUAAGGAUUGUUUUUAUCAAGUGGGUUGCUCUGUGCCUGCAGCAUAGAGCGCAGAAUGGCAGAGCAAAUAGGGCUGGUGAGGAGUGACUGUCCAGGGGAACCAGCAGAGGGCGUUGGGGGUGCCAAGGGCUUCUCCGCAAGGGAAGUCCAGAUUUACUUCUUUCAAAAUCAUAUCAUUCCUUAGAGUUUAGGGACCAAAGGACUAUUGCUUUUUUAAGAAUAUAUAUAUCUAUAUAAAUUAAAACAAAGAAACAAACAAACAAAAAAAAAACCAAGACAAACAACUACAAAAAAGACAGUAUAGAGUCUCAUAAAAGCUGCCUUUAAAUAUCCCUAGGAGACAGGGUGAAGGAGACCCUUGACAGCCCCAGCCUAGGCAGACGGGGGCUGUGGAAAGAUUGUUCUGUGUCUCAUUCCCUCUUAAGCCACUCCCCCACCCUGCCCUUUUAAAAAUAAUUAAGGAUUUGAGGUCUAGGCUCACAUGCAGGUAAGGAGAACGUUAUGGAAGCAGUGAACCCACAAUCCACAAUCCCCAAACUCAGAGUGCAUCCCAGAAGAGGCCCCAGGCAGAGCUCAGGUUGGCCCUGGCCUUUGCCAUCCCGGGAGGCCCCCUAGCCAGCAAGAGUGGGACUGCCUUUCCUGUGGAACCACUGCUUCCCCAGGCGGGAAGAAAGAGGGAGUUCUGGCCACCUGAGCCUUUCCCUUGCCAAUCCAGGUAGACAGAGGCCCUGCCUUUGGCUGAGCUGAGACACCUCCUGUUUCCCUUCCCCUUGAACCAGUCCCAGUGUCCCCUUGCUCCAGGCUACCUUCUGUCUCUUAGUCUAAGUUUGCCCACCAGUAAAGUAGAUUCAGGAUAUCUGUAGAGGGCUGUGACAACAGACUUGGAAGGUUUGCUACUGUAUAUACUGCCACUGAGAAGGAGAAAUUUUUCAAUAUGUAGAAGCUUCAGAAUUAGAGGUCCCUCUUUACCCCAGACCUGGGAGGGAACUAGAUGUUUUGCCAAAAUACUUCUUCAUUCCUUUAAAAACUACAUCUUUCCUAUGCAAGAGUGUCUCACAUGUGCUUAACCGAGGUGCUUCUAGUUGGUGAGCAGUGUUGAGCUUAGAAGUGGUGUGUGCUCUGUCUGUCUGUCUUUGUCUGUCUGUCGUAUACAGUGGGUGCCAUAUAAAGCUGAUCAAUGGUGGUGCUUCCUGCCUGCUUCUGUGAGAUGGGCAAAAGAUUCAGCUUAGAACACCAUGACUCACCUUGCCUUGGUCAGCCUUUCCUGGGCCUGUAGGGCCUUGCACAUAUUUUUCCCAGGAGGAUUUCCCGUCCACCCAACAGACAUGGAUCAGCUUAGUCUGAGGCCCCAGCUGUGUGGGGGUCCCUCUAAUCCCCAGAUGUUGCUGAGGCUGAAGGCCUCUGAUCUGAUAACAUGUUAAAUAGUAAAAGAUGUGGGGAUGGGGGUGGAGGGCUCCUCCUUCAUAACAGUUUCUAAGAAAACUUGUUCCCACCUGUU